GUUUAGACGAAAAAUCGAGAAAGAUCUCUCGCGUUCUUAAGCAGGGAGGACGCGGGGAAAAAGCGGACGGACUGGGGAGGGGGUUUCAGAGGGGGUGCCGGACUGCAGCAAUGGCGGCAGGCGCUAGGACCGAGCACUGGGAUUUGCGGGUUAAGAAGGGCCCGCUGGGCCGGAACGCGUGCGGCUUGCCUGGAGGCUACGCGGCAGCGAAGGCGGAGGUCUUGGGGCUGGGACCAGACGCAGCGAGGGGAGGGGAAUAUGAUCUUCAACAUGUCCGUCUUUCCCUCCUGUCCCUUCCCCCGCCUUCCCCUACUUCUUUCAGCCUCCCUCUUCCCUCAGUCCCCAGUGUCGGGUUCAUCCCCUGAUGCACUUUUUCCGGAUUCUUCUGCUGCCCCUUCCCCACUCCUUGGGCGCAGCUCCCCCCUCCCCCUAGGCCUUCGUUGGUAGGCACCGGGGAACCUUCGGGGCGCUAAUUGGCCAACGAUUGGGGGGAGGUAGGAAAUCCCAGAGCUUCCGGGUUCCGUUGCCCGUUUUCCCGCCAUGUCGUUCUUGACUAGUGGGAGCCGCUCGAUUCGCCACCGCCGAGUGGGACCUCCGGCCACCCUGGUCUUCCCUGCCUACACUUCUCCGUCUCAGGGUGGGGGCAGCUGGGGGGAAGGAGAAGAUGACUACGAGGAGGACGGGGUCAACGAAGUGGUCCGAGACCUUCGAGCAGAGCUUUUGGCUGACUCGCCGUCGCCUCAGCCGCACAAACACAAUGGGGUCACCCCGAGGGUAUCUGAAGCUCCCCGGGGCCGACCGUGGCCAGUACAGAUCCUCUCGGUGAUUUGUUCUCUUCUCUUCGCAGCCCUCCUUGCUUUCCUCCUAGCUAUCGUCUACUUGAUCGUGAAAGACUUGCAUGCUGAGAAUUUGAAGACCGAAGAUGGUGUAGAAACUGGUUUAUUAGGUAUGAACAAAAUAGGAUUCUGGACUUUAUUUAUUAUAUCCUUAACAGCAGGAUUCUCGUGUUGCAGUUUUUCUUGGACAGUGACUUAUUUUGAUUCUUUUGAACCUGGAAUGUUCCCUCCUACUCCUCUUUCACCAGCAAAGUUCAAGAGAUUGACAGGUCAUUCCUUCCACAUGGGCUAUAGCAUGGCAAUUUUGAAUGGCAUUGUGGCUGCUUUAACUGUAGCAUGGUGCCUCAUGUGAAUCCAUAUUGGUUCCUGGGUAAAAUCAUUUUCUACAGAAUUCAGGACAUCUGGUUCAUUUUUUUUUUUUUUUUUUUUUUUUUUUUUUUUUUUUUUAUGACACAGAAGAACGACAUUUCCCAUUUCAAAAGACUGGAUUAUCUGUUAUUCAUUGAAUGUGUCAAAUUCAUCAUCACCAAUAAUAAACCACCACCUUUUGAGUGCUGGUGUUAUGUAUAUUUUGCUGUCUUAAGCCAGGAGAAUCGUUGGAGUUUCAGGUGCUUUCAUAUGAAAUUUGAGAGUUUUACCUCAUGUUUUAGCAUUAUAUGUUUAUAUUUUUUGUGGGGUUUUUUUUUGUUUUGUUUUUUUUUUAAAGAAAGUAAUCCUAAAACUUGAAUACAGGUCCUAAUUUUGAUAGUAGGCUUAUGUAUAUACUGUCCCUCCAUUAAAAAACAUCAAAUUUGCUACAUAAUAGAAUUAUUACUCUUAUUUAUAUAUUAAAUUAGUGCUAUUAGAUUAAAUCAGUAAAGGAAGCACCUGCUUCCUACUUUUACAUUUCUUACUUUAAAAUUGUUGGUGACUUAUACAGUCAGAAUUUUUAGAGUUUGAAUUACUCAAUCACUGAGAAUUUAUAUUUUUCUAUUUUAAUAUUCAUUUUUAUAAUGUUCUUUGUAUGUUUAAACUUUGUUUUAAAUUACUUCUUUUAAUAUCAGUGCCAAUUUAAGAGAUUUUCAAAGUUAAUAAAUAAUUUUAGAAUGCCAUUAAUUGGUUUUUAUCUAGUUCUCUACUUUCAUUAACAUUUUUUUUAAAUGGGAAAAAAAACCACACACACACUACAGCCUCUAAAUUGUUAAAUAAAUUUUUACAAAAAAACCUUGUUUUAUUUAUAAGCAUUGAUUUAAAAAGUAGUAAACAUUGAUAUUAGAAAAUCAUCUCAAUUCCAGAAUAUGAAAUUUGAAAUAAGCUGUUAUUUCUAACACCACAAUUAGAUUAGGAAAAGUUGUGUUUUCAAUCUACUUGCAUAAUUAAGUGAAAACAGAAAAUUUUCAUUUUAUUUCCCCAGUUUUGGUUAAAUAUUUUACUAUGUGAAGUGAUUUAAUGAACAAGUUUUCUAAUAGCAUGGAAUUUGUGUCUAUUUUCCUUUAGAAUCUUUAAAAGUAAAAAAUUGCUUCUCAAACAAAAUUAUACAGAGUUUUACAUAGAUUAAUGAGGUCUGCAGUGCAUAUUUAAAUCAGGAUUGAUAAUCAUUUAUGUUAGUGAUUGGUGGCUAAAAUUCUUAUACCUCAUUUUUAAAAGACUCUAUUAGGAAUAAAUGUCAAGAACCUCAAAUCAUCUCUUUGCAAAUAUGAAAAUUGCCAAAAGUCUUCAUGUCACUAUUUAAAUCUAUUGCUAAAGUGGUAUUUCCUUUCUCCUAGGAUAUCAACACAGACAUUCAGAUGGUCAUUACUACUUGUGACAAAGAAUGAUAUAUCUAGGAAAUUUUGUUUAAUGUGAUUGGCCCAUGGUCUUUUUACCCCUUUUUCUGAUUUGACCUCAAUUUAUGUGAAAGCCAUUAAUAUUGUUUCAUUGUACUACAUCUCUUUGGAAGAACACAUAGAUGAUACUUUUUGUGGUCAUAAUCAAGAAAUGGACUCAGUGAUCCCAAAAUACUUUAAAGCUGACUAAAAUUCAAUUCUGUUUUUAAACUAUGUACUACUUCUUUAGGAAUUGGUCUGUGAAUGAAGGGGAAAAAAUGUUACUGAUCUCUUUAUCAAUAAGUACAUACAAGAAUGAUAAUAUAUUUAUUGAGUGCUUUAAGAUUGGAAAAACACUUUACAAAAAUUCUUAUUUUAUCGUCACAACAAUCCUGGGAGGUAGGUGCUAUUAUCAUUUCCAUUUGACGGAUGAAGAGCCUGAGACUGAAAAAAGGUUAAGGUUAGUCAAUGUAUAAGCCAAGAUUCAACCUCAGGUCUUCCUUGGCUCUAUGUUCAGCUCUAUUCACCAUAUAACCCUAUUCUUAGUUUAGGGAAGUAGAAUAUUUCUUCUAGUUGAGGUAAUGUAGGCUUUUUAUCUAAUGGCAAAUUUGUUUUUGUUUUGAUCCUAUUUUCUUUCUUCAAGGGAUGAACCACUCUUAGCUCAUAAAAAGCUCCUUUUUUAAGGUUUUGAUUAGUUUAUGAUGUUUCUUGUGUGUGUGUGUAUCAUAUAUACAUGAAGCAAAUUACUAAUAAGAGAAAUACAAAUCAAAGCAACUCAAUUGUUUCACCUGACACCCAGUCACUUGGUAAUGGAGCAGUCAGGCACACAAAGUGCUGUAAUUCUUCUGUAAAUAUUUUAGAUUUAUGUAAAGAAACUAAAUUCAUGUCCUUUGAGCAUGUAACUGCAAAGACAAGAGUAUUAAUUCACACUGUGAUUAUAUAUGUUUGCCUAAUAGAUGCUAAAGAAAUAAUACUUGGUUCUCGUUUAUUCCCAGAAUGUCUUGGAGACUAAUUUUUUUAAUGAAAUGCCUUAUCUCAAAACUCUGCUUAAAGAAUUUAUACAAGGAAUUUCAUAAAUAUUUUUCAUCCAUUGUUUAAGGUCACAAAUUUGGAUUCAUUCAAGGUCAAAAGCCUCUCCUCUUCCAUAGUACACGUGUACACACACACACACACACAUAUACAGAGAUAUAUCUGGAAGAACCAUAAAAUCAUUGAACUGGAAGGAAUUUAAAGAUUAUUCCAGUCAAAUCUUUAAAUUUCAUAAAUGAGGGAACUGAGGCAGAAAGUGAGGUUACUGCAAUUAUUUUAUACAAUUGAGAGACAAAGACUAGAACCCAUAUCUUCAACUUUUUAGUCGUUAUUGUUUCCUCUUAUUCUGAAUUUUCUUUUCACUUUGUUUUGGGAAAAAAAAAUUGGGGGGAAAGGGGAUUUCCUUCCACGUCAGGAGCCACUCAGAAGACUUGGUCAGAGUAGAACCAUGUAAGUGUGGUAUAUUGACUAUAGCAUCAUCUUGGUGUUAAAAUUUGUCUUCAACAUUUAUUUUUGUUGCAUUUGUGAUAUUCUUAAGAUCCUGUUUUACAAAUUUAAUUUUUUUUUACUCUUAAGAACUUGAUUUUGUAAUAUGUAACUGCCAUGUUCUUUAGCAUAUAUGUUUACAAUAUCAAAAUAAACUUUUCGCAGUCAGUUUUCUGA